AUGACCAGCCUCAUCACGCUGGCACUCCAUGGCAACAAGCUCAGUGGGCCAAUCCCCUCGACCAUGGGCCGGCUCGCUGAUUUGAAGUUUCUCACCCUGCUUGACAACCGUCUGACUGGACCGAUUCCAAGCGAACUCGGCGAACUGACAAGCCUCAGACACCUCCUUUUAUCUGGCAACGAGCUCGCUGGCUGGAUUCCGCCCGAAGUUGGGAACAUGGCCAGCCUCAUUACGCUAGCUGUACAUAAAAAUAAGCUCAGCGGACCGAUCCCGGCGACACUUGGCCGCCUCACUUAUUUGGAGGAUCUGCUGCUUUUCGACAACCAGAUCACGGGCCGAGUCCCGCUCGAGCUUGGUGAGCAGCUUCUGCACCUUAGGGCUGUCCUGCUUCACAAGAACUUCUUGGAGGGUCCAUUGCCUGCCCACUGGAGAAAUGCAAGAAGAAUGCAGGCGCUAACCCUGCAUGAAAACCGGUUCCGGGGAUCGCUGCCCAGCAGCCUGGAGAACAUGACCAUCCUGCAUUUCCUCACGCUGCAUGGUAACGAUUUCUCUGGGACUGUGCCCAGACUCAGCUUACCUGAAGGCGCGAAGGCCACACUGCACAGGAACCGCUUCAGCUGCAAGUUGCCGGCAAGCCUGGGGCUCGACGACGUGCGUGCCACUGUGGUGAUGGGCAACAUGGUUGGUGUAGGGGACAACAUCACUGCAAACUGGGUCAGCCAGACGGAAUUGCAGGACUUCUUAUAUGUGUCAAGCAAGAUCUGGUGGGGAAACAUGCUUGUAUUGGCAGGCUUGCCAAUGGCAAUCCUGGGGGCUGGGGCCAUCUAUUGCCAAUCUCGGCAAGCCAGCGCCCGAAGUACACAGGUAAUUGCUCCGAACAUCCACGCCUCGUUUAUGCAGAGCCUGCGGCUCUCGCUGUGGAUUGCAGCGUUCUGCGCCCUGCUGCUGCCUGCUUACCUCCAUGGUGCACGGUACUACGAGUGCGGCCAGCCGCUUGCUCGGAGCACAGCGGCCUACUUGGACGAGUCUCGUCUGGCGGAGAUUUUCGUGACUUUGGUUUGGAGCCUUGCCACCCUCUUCGUCUGUGCAGCGAUAUCUGUUCUUCCCAAGCCAGGUCGAGGCGUAACAGUGCCAUCAGAAGGGUCUUCGCAACUCAGACGCAAGCUUGCGUGGCUUCUCUGGAUCGUACCAGUGACGAUGAUCUCACUGCCAUCCAUCUUGUUUUCUGUGGCACAGGCCCUUCCGAAGGACAACACCCUGGUGGCAGACUGGAUCUUGAAGAUCGCGCACCGCACGGCCCCCUUCUUACUCGAGGGCAUCGACAUGGUGCUGGCAGUACAGCUCUCCAUCAAGUAUGCAGGUUUAUCUGGGAUCAAGGCGGACAGACUUCUCAUGGCGCUGAGGCUGUGCGCGGCGUGGCUUCUGCCGCUGCUCGUGGCAGUCGCUCUGCAAGAAAAUUGCCUGGCAGGGUGGAAACUGUGGUGGCCAGCCUGCGAUGCAGAAUCUGACAUGAACGCAGCAUUCAAUUGGGAGGCGGCGCCACUAGACGGGAUUCAAACAGUUGCGCCGCUACCCAUCCAGAUCCUGAAUACCACGAGAGACAUGUGCAGCGCACAUCCUGAGAGCCUUUGGGACGGCCGUUGCAGCAGAUCUGUAAUCGAAGGUCUAUCGCCCUUGAUCCUGAAGAAGCUGCUGAUUCGGAUUGCUGUGCAGCCCUUUGCGAUGGUCUUGGCCUGGCGAGCAUCCAAGCUGGAGGAUGACCGGCCCCUGGACGAUCUUGGCCGACAUCUUCGGCUGCUCGGCUGGGGCCCCAGGACCAGCAAAUCCCUGAACUCGAUGCAGCAGCAUGCCUAUUUCACCACCCUACUGGAAACUGCCAUCGUUUGGGGCCCACUGGUUCCAUUGGUCAGCUUUGCUGUGGUGGCUGCUUUCUUAAGCAAUGCGAUGCUGUUUGAGAUAGGCCUCAGCUUUGGUGUCCGGCUGCCCACAGACGCAACCAACAGUUUCGCUGGACUGUCGCGUGCAUAUUUGCGAUUUGCAUUGGCCGCUAGCUGUGUUUUCCAGCUUUGGCACGCCUUCGGCACUGGCAUGGCUGGGCGCACGAUGCUGCUGCUUACUUCCACGUUGACUGCUGCUCUCAGCACUUUGGGUCUCCCGCCCGCGCUGCGGCCGGCCAGUCGGCCGCCCAGGACGGGGCCAGAGGGGCUAGAGAUGACCGAGAUGGAAGAGGCCCAGGCUGAAUUCCCGCCCCUGCGCAUCUUUUUGCAGAGCAUCACGUGA